AUGACUGACAGCGGCAAGUGUGCAUUUGUGCUUGAAAUAGAGCUUUUGGACGGCGCAGAUGAAAGUGUGACACUAUGUCAUCGUCGGUAUGUAAAUGACAUACUCAAGCGCUUUGGCAUGGAUGAUUGCAAAGCCGUCGCAAGUCCAGUCGACAUGAGCUCUCGACUUGUUUCAAGUGAUGCAACUACCAAGGUCGAUGCUCCUUUUCGCGAAGCUGUUGGUGCGUUGAUGCACCUGACCACUGCAACGCGUCCGGACAUUGCGUUUGCUGUGGGCUAUGUGUCGCGGUUCAUGGAAAAUCCCCAAGAAGAACACUGGGUUGCAGUUAAGCGUAUCUUUCGCUACCUACAAGGCACCAAGACGCAUGGAAUUUGCUACAAGCCAAGUGCGAAGAUCGGUUUUCGUUGCUACUCGGAUGCAGACUGGGCCGGUGACCUCGCUGAUCGCAAGUCGACGUCUGGUUACGUAUUCAUGCUGUUGGGUGCGCCAGUGAGUUGGGGCAGCAAGAAACAGCCAAGUGUUUCGUUGUCCACGAGUGAUGCUGAAUGCAUCGCACUCAGCUUAGCGAUUAAAGAGGGCAAGUGGAUUCAUCGUCUGCUUUGUGAGAUCGUGAUGGCUGCCAAUGAAGAAGGACCGGAACUCAUGAUCCAUGAAGACAAUCAGUCGCGUAUCAAGAUGACAAAGAACCCGGUCAACCACGGCCAUGCCGUGCACAUUGAUAUCAAGUACCAUCACAUCCGUGACGAGGUCAAGCGCGGUGAAGUGAAGCUUAAGUACUGUGAAACUGCGGUGAUGUUAGCGGACAUCAUGACGAAGGGACUUCACGGGCCACGCCACAAGGAGAUGACGGCGACUCUCGGGAUUUGUGCGUGUUCGCAUUGA